UCGGCCGGUGGGCUGGCAUUUCCACUACUUUGGGCACGUAGACGAGCUGCGUCGUAAAAGCAGAAGGUAAGAAAAUUUUAAUAUUCAUUAGAAUAAGAUAAAUAGAUUUAUAACGGUUUUGCUUAAUUUCUUAUAAAAUUAAGGUCCAAAAAUGUUUUUUUUUUUCGAUUGUAAAAAUUAUGAUAAAUUUAUUACAAAGUAUGUCUAAAUACAAUAUUUCCAGGGUAGUUUGUAUUAUUUUUACAUUUCCUUUUUUAAAAAUAGAAAUUUUAGCUCCUCAACAACCACAUUUAAGUCCACAAAUACCGUGAGAUAAUUUUUGUACUCAAGGUGGAGGAUGUAGUUUGAAGUUUGUGUACAAUAGGAUCCCAAAAACCUACAUAGGUAGGUCUAGUGACCAUCACUCAAUAAAUACAAGAAGUAUGACAAACCCGCUCCGCUCCAGAAACGAUAUGGCAAAAUGUUAUCUACAUUUCGGCGCAAAAAUAAAACCGCUUGAUAACCAAGUUACAAUACGCACGCACACAUAUACAGUUGAGCUUAUGGUAACGUUCACACUAAUGAUCAUCAGUAUGAAACACACAGCGAUGCUCUUUAAUGAAAAUGGGUUUGUUUUCGUUUAACCCAAAUAACCCAGCGCAUUAAAAUUCAUGCGCCUCAGUACCUGUUGAACUUCAAUACAGCAGCUGACCUUAACAAACGAAAAAAAAAGAAAAAACAUUAACUUCGGCUGCACCGAAACUAUAACACCCUUCACAAAUACCAAAGAUUCCAAACAAGAACUCGGAUUUGAUCGGCCAGUUUGUAUGACAGCUAUGUAUAUGCUAUAGUGGUCCAAUCCCAACAAUUUCUUCGAAGAUUUUACAGUUGCCUUGGACAAUAAUCCAUACCAAAGUUCGUAUAGAUUUAUUGGUCAAUAAAAAAAUUUUCCAAACAAGGACUGGACUUUGAUCGAUCAGUUUUUAUGAUAGUUAAAUUCUAUAGUGAUCCGAUAUCGGCGGUUCCGACAAAUGGCCAACAGACACAGACAGACGGACAUGGCUGAGUCGAGUCAACUUGUUAUACUGUUUAUUUAUAUACAUAUUUUGUAGGGUCUCGGACGUUUCCUUCUGGGUGUUACAAACUUCGUGGCACACUUAAUAUACCCUGUGAAGGGUAUAAAUAUCUGACGGGCGAAAAGGUAUUCAAAUAAUACAUUGAAAUGUAUAAGUAAAACAAAAGUCAACUGAAAACAAAUAUGCAGUCGCGAGCGUGAGCAUAGAAAAACUCACAGUAGCGCAGCCAAAGCACAUACAGAUGUGCGGCGUCCAAUCUCUCAACGAGAGCCAAUCGCUUAAGAAUUACGUUAACCAAUCAGUCGGGUGUUGUUGCUCACGGUAAGCGCAUGUGUUGUAUGGCUGUGAAAAGGUCAAAGUCGAUGCUGUUGUCGUCAUCGUUCUUCUGUCAUCUUCGUCAUCAAUAUACGGAAUGAAUUAAACCAGUGUCAAAAGUCAUGCUAACAGUGGAUUUGUAGUAUUACGCGGCGUGCUCAUUCAUUUAUUUAACAUCGCCUCACUGCCACGCUGUUUGUGUUGCAAUUGAUAGAUUCUAACGAUUUCACAAAAAAUUGGCAAGACUACAUAAUAAUAUCUUCCUCACUUAUCUUCCCUUGUACACUACAAAUCAUUUGCUUUGCAACACCUGGGUAAAAAAAAAACGAGUCACCAUUGUGCCAUAAAUGUUUCGACGUGUGCUUUCGUACAGUAUCAUUGGCGCCGGCGUCGUCAGCACCGGUCUCAGCCUACACACCAACGACUACGAUGUCAAUUCGUUGGGUAUUGUGCGUCUCGGCCGUUCGGCAAUCACCGUUUUCGAUGUGGCGCUCACAUACAAACGUGAACUUUACUAUCGGGAAUGGGACAAAACUUCGCCCGAGUACAAAGCGGAAAAGAGUCGUGUACAUAGAAUAGCCGCAGAAAAGCUGCUGGAUCUCAUCUGCGUCAAUAAGGGUGUUUACAUAAAGACCGGUCAACAUAUUGGUGCACUAGAGUACUUAUUACCCAAAGAAUUCGUGCAAACCAUGAAGGUACUACACUCGAAUGCGCCACAAAAUCCCGUCGAAGAUUUGUAUAGAGUCAUACGUCAGGAUUUGAAACGUAACCCUGAGGACAUUUUUGCGAAAUUCGAGCCGACACCGCUUGGUACCGCCUCACUAGCGCAGGUUCACAAAGCGACAUUAAAGACAGGCGAGGUGGUCGCUGUCAAAGUACAACACCCUUAUGUGAAGGGUAACUCACGUGUCGAUAUGAAAACAAUGGAAAUUUUAGUGAAAAUUAUGGCUCUCGUUUUUCCCGACUUCAAAGUGCAAUGGUUGGUCGAUGAGUCCAAAAAGAAUUUGCCUAUCGAAAUGGAUUUUCUAAAUGAGGGUAAAAAUGCUGAAAAAGUUGCCAAACAAUUUCAGAAAUACUCAUGGUUGCGCGUACCGAAAAUAUAUUGGGAACAUAGCUCACCGCGUAUACUAGUCAUGGAGUAUCUUGAAGGCGGACAAGUCAACGAUCUCGAUUAUAUUAAAAAGCAUAAAAUAGAUCCAUUCACUGUAUCCAACAAAAUCGGCCAACUUUAUUCGGAAAUGAUAUUCACGACGGGUUUCGUGCACAGUGAUCCACAUCCAGGCAAUAUACUGGUGCAUAAAAGUCCAAAGGGACAAGUAGAAAUCGUAUUAUUAGAUCAUGGACUAUAUGCGAAUCUAACGGAUAAAUUUCGUUAUGAGUAUUCCAAACUGUGGCUCAGCAUUCUGAAUGUGGAUCGAAAGGCGAUGCGCGUGCAUAGUCAGAACUUGGGCAUCAAAGGUGACUUGUAUGGAUUGUUUGCAUGUAUGGUAACGGGCCGUCCCUGGGAGACGCUUAUCCAAGGCAUUAACAAAGUCAAAUACUCCAAAGAAGAGAAAGCUACGCUACAAAACAAUACUUCGCUCGUAUUACCGCAUAUUUCCGAUGUGUUAGAGCAGGUCGAUCGUCAGAUGUUACUCAUACUGAAAACCAACGAUCUAAUACGCGGCAUUGAGGCUACGCUACGCACACAAAAUCGCAUGACCGCCUUCUGGGUAAUGUCCAAAUGCUGUGUACAUUCGACAUUCAACGAGCAGAGGUCGCUUAACACAGCGCGCUGGACCGCUCUGCGAUUAGCGGUGCGUGAGAAAUGGGAGAUAUUCAAGUUGAAUAUCUACUAUGUGUAUUUGGGUGUCGUGAAUUUCGGCUUCUUUGCGGCGUUAAAACAAAUUUUAUAGAGUUACGAGUAAUUAUGGCAUAGAAAAUGAAGACAAAUUUUUCAAGUGUUUUCGUAAUUGCUUUUAAAGUUUAUAUAUAGGUAAAUUAUGGUUGUUUGCGUGUACAUAUGUAUGUAUGUAUUGUGUUGAUUUAUUUUUAACUUACCCAUUUUCCGAUGUGAAACUUUUUGCAACUAAAUAACAAGUUAACUGCAGCGUACAAAACAAUUUAAGGUAUUUCAUAAGCUAACAUCCAGUGAGUAAUCUAAUAAAUUUUAACAACAAUAAAAUUUAUGAAUUUCUAUAAGUGA